UGCUGUCAUUGUCUGCUCGAUCGGCUGUUACUCCAAACCCCCAUUUCCCCAACCCACCCUAUUUCUUUUUCUCCUUAAACUAUUCGCUGUUUUUUUUUUCCCCUCAUUUCUUACCCAAAAUUUUCUCCUCUCUCAUAAAUCUAUGGUCGAUUUUAUGCGAAUCAAUGUAUCUUUAUAUUAAUUACUUCUUUUAAAAAUAGUAGUUUUUUUUUUUCCAAUUUCCCUCCAUAUUUGCUGGCUUUUUUCCCUCUGUUUUCAAGCUUUUUCUUUUAUUUAUCAUUAUUAUUUUUUUGGUUUAUUUUCCCUCUGUUUUAUUUUUCUAUCCUGCUAUUUGCUGCUUUUUUUUUUUUUUUCACUUUUCUCGUAGUCGGUGAAUUCCUUUGGUAUCUACAGUGUGGUGCCAGUAAACUCCGACUUCAGCAAAAAGGGACCAGAAUGAACAGGAACUAACAUUCAGACAAGAAAUCAAAUAACUUUAACAUGGAGGCUCGCAGAUUCAAUGUGGACGACGUCAAGAACAACAAACAUUGUAUUCACUCCGGACAAACAUCGGCAGAUGCAAAACCCAGAAAGAAGAAGAUGCCUCCGGUGGAAACUAAGAAGAAGGUGGAUUUAGUGAAACCCAAAGGUGCCAAAUCUAAAGCUAAGAAAGUGACUCAGGGAAAAGCCAAGAAGUCAGGAAGCAUAAAACGGAGGCGGGUUGGAAUUAGUGAAGUAUAUGAUGAUAUUGAAGCAAAGUUUAGUGUCUUGGAGCGAGCAGCAAGGGUUCUGGCAAGUUUGGAGGAUGAAUUCCCUUUCUUUCUGAAGUAUAUGCUCCCUUCAAAUGUUGCUUACAGUUUUUGGUUGAUAAUUCCUAGGAAAUUUGGUGCCUUACAUCUACCAAGUCAAGAUUCCACUGUGAUUUUGGUAGAUGAGUGGGGAAAGGAGUUCAAGACAACAUAUCUCAUUGACCGUAAUGGAUUGAGCGCGGGUUGGAGGGGCUUUUCUUUAGCUCAUAGAUUACUUAAGGGAGAUAUUUUGAUAUUUCGGUUGAUUGGACCGUGCAAAUUACAGGUGCACAUAGUGAGAGUAAAUGGUUCAGAUGUCAUAAAUGCAGCUCAAUGCCUAAUGAAUAUGGAUGCUAUUGGGAAAACAACAGACUCUGGUAACUUUUGCCCUUUACUCACCUCUUCUGCAUAAAUCCAUGAGGAAGGGGGUCUCUAAUCCCUUGUUUCUGUUGUAUCUUGAACUGGAAGAUCUUGCGAAGGAUAAUGGGAAGCGUAAAAGAGCAAAGAAGUAUGCUGAAUGUUAUUUGCUAGAUGUCCCUAAAGUUGAAGGUGAUACUAAAGGAAAAUGCCAAAUGCUAUUGAAACCUGACAUCGUGUCUUCACCUGAGAAAUCAGAAGAAUGUAGUGAAGUUUUUGAUUCGGAAGUCCCUGAAGGUAUAAAAUUUCAACAAAUUUUGGCUUGCUGAGGGAUCCUUGAAAAAUUACUCAAUUUUUAUUCAAAUUGUGUUUUAGGUUCUGAAACUCCCAACCACCUUUUAUCAGGAGACGUCCAUUCCACCAAAGCAUCAUUUUUGCGUGAACAUCCUUUUGAGGGGGUCGCAUGUACAUAGUCUAGAGUUGAAACAUAGUUGUUCGAUGAGGAAAUCUUGCCGGAGCCUGUGAAGUUUAGUACGUUGCAUGCUAUGUUUGUAUCCUUUUGUUCCAGAAAUUCUUUUGAUUAGCAAAGGUCAUGGAGGAGCGCGUCUAAUUACCAAGACAAGUGUUAAGAAUAUCCUGAACUUGCCUUUCAUCAUACACAACUCUAGGUACGACCUAUGCCACAGAUUUCAAAAGGAAGCUUCAAGCAUUUGCAAGGUGCCAAAAGUUGUGAAAGAAUCGCUUCGGAGUAGUGCUGAGUUGAUGAAGUUGCUGACAAAACUGCACAGAUAGAUGGUUACUAUAGUUUUGUUGCUCUUACAUUUGAUGUUAAAGCAGUUUAGUUUUCUGCAAUCUCGAGUCAUAGGUCAGGUAUACAGCGUGAUGUAUUGUAAUGCACAAGAGGUAGUUCUUAAAGAUCGAAAUGUUUGGUGUAUAUUAUGUCUGUAAAAAUGUACAUUGCGUUAACCUUUUGCUAACCUGAAUGAAAAUCUUUCUUUGUUCAUGCA